AUGUCCACUUCGUGUAUAGAAAAGGAACAGCAAUGUGUCCUGCACUGGUUUCAAGGCUGGAGUGCCAUGCAGAAGUCAAACUUCUUAAAAGAUAUGCUGGAUAAAGCAGUGCCAAACAAUGUUGACGCCUUAUUUGAUGCCAUGGACUGCAUGAGUGUCAGAGAUCGCCCGCCUUCCAUAUUUCAAUGUCAGUUGAAAUUAUUUACUCAGUGGUUUGCUGCAUGGUCUGAAGCUGAACGUAACCAGUUUUUGAUUCAGUUACAAAGUAUUGAUCCUAAUUUCGUCGCUCAAUUUAACUUCGAAGUUCAACAGAUGAAUGGACAAAGAUCUUAA